AUGGCUCUUGGAUGUUCCAGCAUUCAGCGCACCUCAAGACAGAACUUUUACAAAUCGCGUCAAUACAUCAACGACAUUUUUGUUGAAGUCACCAGCAACAACAUCGUCGUCAUCUUCGUCUUCAUCACCCCACAAACCUCACCACUAGCGACAACAUCGUUAGCGGCAACCACAUUGACGACACCAACAAAAUCAAUAACAUCUUUUGCCACAACGCUAACAUCAAAAUCAAUAACAAAAUCAACGACAUCAUCAACAUCAACGACGUCCUUCGUUUCAGCCACAUCAACCACAAAACAGCCGAAAACCACAUCGGCGUACAUCAAUAUUGACUCCCCCAUCCACAACUGCAACAGUUGCAGAAGUGACUUCAAAUACGAACCAAACGUUCAUUUCAUUGUGUUCGACGACAACAACAUUCCACAAAUUGAUGAGUACAUCAUUUCAACAACAAAACAUUUGACGACAAGAAUUCCAUCACCGCCGCUAGAAGCAGCUGCAGCAGCAACAACAACCACAACAACAACAACAACAUUAGCAGCAGCAACAAAAUCAUCAUCAGUCGAUAGCACGUCCCACAAGCACUCGUCGUCAACCAACAGUAAAAUCACGACUAUUUAUGAAAACACAACGUCUACGUACUGCAACUCAACAACAACAACAUCAUCAUCCAGGACUUUUACCACAUCAACAACAACAUCAAUCACCACAAAACCGAUCAAGCCAACAACACUUAUCAACAUACCCUACAGCAUUGGCGGGCUGGCUUCAAUCUCUUACAAACGAACGCAACUGCCGCCACCACUGAUACUACACAACAGCAACUACAACACCAACAACUACGGCAGCAGCAACAACGCAAAACAACGACGUUUUAGACUUAACGCCCCGCUGCAACAUCAUUACAGUGAAGACUUCCUCGAUUCGACAGUUUAUUACGACGACCACGUGGUCGCUGAGGACUACAUCGUAUCGCCAACGCUUCUCUUCAACUCACGACAACAAUCCAACAACAACAACAACAACAACAACAACCGCAGCAUCAAACUGCAACAAUUAUCCAGUGCCAAAAAUCGGCAUCUUUCCUGUUCAGCUGGACUUGCAGGAAGUCUCAUAGGUGUCGCUAACAUCGCCGGAUUUGUUGAUGACGUCAGUUUGUAUGGAACGCCGAAAGAAGAUUUUUCGCCGACUAAAGAACCGGAAAUGGUUAGUAGUUUUGUGAAAGCAGAACGAAAUGUCGCUGGUUGA